GUUUUGUUGUACACAAUCCGUGCGCUUUCCGCAGCCAUAGCUUCCAGCAUUGAUACUCAAUCUUGGACUUGACCUCUUUCCUUCUCGUUCUACCCUUUUUCCAUAGCACUUCAACUCAUGCUACCGAUUCUGUCGCGUUCUGGAUUCCAUAGGGGUGCUGCGUCUCGACCGGCAUAGGCUUACAACAGCCUCCCUCGACUGAACAUCUAACAGGCAAACAAACACUGGAAGGCACAACAGUCAAUAUGGAUGUCAAGCCACAACGACCCUUGCGCAUACGCGUCAACAACGACGAGAACCUCCCUCCCGCCGGUCAUGCCACGAAAACAAUCCAUCACCGGAACAAAUCGAGUCCUGCCCUAACAGGUGUACCAGCAACGCAGGGCCUGGCAGCUGGAGCAAAACGAAAGGUCUUCGGAGACGUCAGCAAUACUACCAUAGGUGUAAAACCCAUUAAAGAUGAUUCAGCUUUGCAAAUCAAGCCUAGCCAGCAGGCUAUGGUGAAACCAGUCCAAGCUCUGUAUGAAAGAAAGUCAACCAGCCUACUUAGACCUGCCCAGAGACCUUUAUCGGUGUCAGGUCUGAAGACACUGUUCUCCAGUGCAAGCACCAGUUCAACCUCUGAGAGUGCCGUCACUCUCCCAGCAGAGAGCAAUGGGCUUCUUUCACAUGUUGUCAACGGCAAAAAGGCCUUGAACAAGCGACACACCACCAUCUUCAAAGACAAUCGCCUAGUGACAGUGCAAGAGACGGAAGUCCAAACUGUGGAGCCAUCCUCCACUAACGGCACAGUGAACGCAAAGGACACAGACUCUGCGCAGUUCGACACACAACUCCGACCUUGUCUCCCUCCACCAACGUCGCAGGUUGUUGCUGAGCCUGUCAAAGAAGCUCAAGAUCCUCAGUCAGAGAUCAGCUUGCCAGGAAUUGAUGAAGUGAGCCUAGAGCCUGCGCUGUCUAGUGAAUUGACCAAUGAUGCUCGCCUUCGCGAGAACGUCAUUGCCAGUUCACAGCCUGCUGGCCACCCCGUUACUUCGCACUACGAAUCUCAUAAUAUGUCUUCUCUCAUCCCGUCACUUGCGGCCAACACUACUGCUCAAACAACCACCAAGCCUGAAAUACAGCAGAUCCCUGUCGCGAAGCUCGUUAACCCGGUAGACAACAUCCCUCCUUUGAGCUCACACCAUACUUACGUCGAGCGACAAACCGAGCAACAGGAGUACUGGGAAGAAGACGAUGACGACAACUACGACGAGGAGGGUUAUGUAACAGCCAGGUCCUUUCGAUCUAGAGGCGACAACACCACUGGUGGUGCCACCGCAAUGCUCUUCCCCCAAAUCAAUCAACGUGUGCGCAAGGAGAUUGCCCAGGCGAAGCAAUUGGUUGAGGCUACUCGCUCCCCCGAAGAGGUGGAGGACGAGAGCUUUGACACAAGCAUGGUUGCCGAAUAUGGAGACGAGAUCUUCGACUAUAUGAGAUCUAUGGAGUUGAAGAUGCUUCCCAACGCUCACUACAUGGACAACCAACACGAAAUUCAAUGGUCGAUGCGGUCGGUCCUCAUGGACUGGCUUGUGCAGGUGCAUCUUCGUUUCAACCUCCUCCCAGAAACUCUAUUCCUCACUGUCAACUACAUCGAUCGAUUCUUGUCCUGCAAGGUUGUAUCUCUCGGGAAACUGCAGCUCGUCGGUGCAACAGCUAUCUUCAUUGCGGCUAAAUAUGAAGAGAUCAACUGCCCAUCUGUCCAAGAGAUUGUGUACAUGGUUGAUGGCGGCUACACUGUCGACGAGAUCCUCAAGGCAGAGCGUUUCAUGCUUACGAUGCUCCAAUUUGAGCUUGGAUGGCCCGGCCCGAUGAGUUUCUUGCGAAGAAUCAGCAAAGCUGAUGAUUACGACCUCGAAACCCGAACUUUGGCAAAAUACUUCUUAGAAGUCACCUUGAUGGAUGAGCGAUUCAUUGGCAGUCCCCCAAGCUUCGCAGCCGCAGCCUCCCACUGCCUUGCACGUAUCAUGCUUCGAAAGGGAACUUGGACUGCUCACCAUGUCUACUACUCUGGAUACACCUACUCACAACUUAAGCCUCUCGUCAGUCUUUUGCUCGAGUGCUGCGAUGACCCUCGCAAACAUCACAGUGCAGUGUUCAACAAAUACUGCGACAAGCGCUACAAGAGAGCAUCGGCGUUUGUCGAAACCGAAAUUCAGAGAGGUUUCCAACUGCCAGAUCAAGCUGCUAUGGUAUUCUUAGCACAACCACAAACGGUUCCAUACUAUGACAGCAUUACUUAUUAUCGCAACUAGGAAUCUGCUCUAUGGCAAUUCUAGGUGCACUACGACCGCCACUCAGCACUCGCCUAAUGACUCAAAGGUCUGAGAGCACACGAGCAGCUUCAUUCACUUCCAGAUGUAGCCGCCUUCGGGCACCAUUUCGGAGACUGGAAGGCCGUUGCUUGGGCAACUGCCAUUCGAUAUUCAUUUUACGACGACACACGAAGUUAUGAACCACUGACAGGCAUCAUUUCCCGGGAAACCGAAAGAGAUAAGGCGAAUGAUUAAAUGAUUUUACCCUCUUUCGGGUAUCGUCUUCAAUAUUCGCGUUCUCAUGGCGGAUUGCUGCACACAGGGUGGAAAGCUUGGAGACUAUGGUAACGGCGUCAAGAGUCUGUUCUGCGGACUGCAGAUAACGGAAAGGGAAUGACUGCUCAUGCGCGAAGUGAUUUCGAUUUCGAGCGAAGCAACAGACGUGCUGUAACGGAAAUAAUGCAACUAAUACUCUUGGAGAGAAUGAAAAUAGAUGUCCCCUUAGGUGCUUGUCAACGCGUGUCC